AGAAGCCAUAGCCAUUCCGAAUUUCGGCAUAAUUUUAAGGCACAUAUUCUACUCUUUACAGUUCAAGCUUUCAGCUGCCUUCAUCCAUGGCGGCGGCUCUGCAUCUCAACACAAAGCCUUUCAAUUUUUGUUCCCGAUCCAUCAACCUUUCAAAGCCAUCGCCGACGCUUUUCCGAGUCAGGUGCUCUGCCGGAACUUCCCCUUCCCGGCGCUAUAAUAUCGCCUUACUUCCCGGCGAUGGCAUUGGCCCGGAAGUUCUCGCUGUCGCCAAGGAUGUUCUCAACCUCGCUGCUUCUCUUGAAGGGAUUGGAUUUGAUUACAAAGAGAUGCCCGUGGGUGGAGCUGCGCUUGAUUUAACCGGGGUUCCGUUGCCAGAUGAGACGCUUUUAGCAGCAAAGGAAUCUGAUGCCAUUCUAUUUGGCGCAAUUGGAGGUUACAAAUGGGAUGACAAUCCAAAACAUUUGAAGCCGGAGACUGGGUUGCUUCAACUCCGGAAAGGUCUUGGAGUAUUUGCUAAUUUGCGGCCUGCAACUGUCUUUCCCCAGUUGGUGGAUGCUUCAACUUUGAAGAGAGAGGUUGCUGAAGGUGUUGAUCUCAUGGUCGUAAGGGAACUCACUGGAGGUAUUUAUUUUGGGCAACCAAGAGGUUUUAAAACCAGUGAAAAUGGGGAAGAAAUUGGAUUUAAUACUGAAGUGUAUGCAGCACAGGAGAUUGAUCGUGUUGCUCGAGUGGCAUUUAAAAAUGCUCAGAAGCGGCAAGGAAGGGUUUGCUCCGUAGACAAAGCAAAUGUAUUGGAGGCGUCGAUACUUUGGAGGAAAAGAGUGACAGCAAUAGCUGCAGAAUUCCCUGAUGUCGAACUCUCGCACAUGUACGUUGAUAAUGCUGCAAUGCAGCUAAUUCGGGAACCAAAACAGUUUGAUACAAUUUUGACGAACAACAUAUUUGGUGAUAUUUUGUCCGAUGCCGCAUCCAUGAUUACUGGAAGUAUUGGGAUGCUUCCAUCUGCAAGUCUUCGUGAAUCGGGACCUGGACUUUUUGAACCUAUACACGGUUCGGCUCCUGAUAUUGCUGGACAGGAUAAGGCAAACCCACUGGCAACAGUUCUCAGUGCUGCUAUGCUUCUUAAGUAUGGCCUCGGUGAAGAAAAUGCUGCCAAAAGAAUUGAGGCUGCAGUUUUGGAUACUCUAGACAGAGGAUUUAGAACUGGUGACAUAUACUCAGCUGGAUGUAAACGAGUCGGAUGCAAAGAGAUGGGUGAGGAGCUAUUAAAGUCAAUAGAGUCCCAUACACCUGCUGCAGUUUGAGUCGAACACGGGCAAGAGAUCCUUUGUUUGCCUCUUGGAGUUGGUUUGUAAAUGUGCCCUAAUUGUCGGUUUCAAUUCACUCUUAAAGUUGAGUUUAAGGUCUUCAUUUUUCCUCAGAACUUUGAAUAACUGUCAUAUUAGGGUGUAAACAUUUUGACAUUUUUGAUAAUCAGAAGAACAAGUUAUUUGUCAGGCCAAUUUGCUGCCUCUUUC